AUGGUGCACUCGGUGGCCUGGGCAGGUGUGACAGUUCUGCAGAUGAUCCAGUGGGGCUCUGCUGCGAAACUGGUCUGCUACUUCACCAACUGGGCCCAGUACCGAGAGGGGGCGGCUCGAUUCUUGCCCAGGGAUGUGGACCCCAAUCUGUGCACCCACCUCAUCUACGCCUUUGCCAGCAUGAACAAUCACCAGCUCAGCUCUGCAGCAUGGAAGGACAAUGUUCUCUACCAGGAGUUGAAUAGUCUGAAGAAGAUAAAUCCCAAGCUCAAGACUCUAUUAGCCAUCGGGGGCUGGAAUUUUGGCACCAAGAAGUUCACAGAUAUGGUGUCCACAACCAACAAUCGGCAGACCUUUGUCAACUCAGCCAUCAGGUUUCUGCGCACAAAUGGCUUUGAUGGCCUUGAUUUUGACUGGGAGUUCCCAGGAAGCCGGGGGAGCCCAGCAGUGGACAAGGAGCACUUCACAGCCCUGGUGCAGGACUUGAUGGCGGCUUUCCAGGAGGAAGCCCAGACCUCAGGGAAAGAACGACUCCUUCUGAGUGCAGCUGUCCCAGCAGGGCGAAUCCAUGUGGGUGCUGGCUAUGAAGUGGACAAAAUUGCUCAGAGCUUGGACUUCAUCAGCCUUAUGGCCUACGACUUCCAUGGCUCAUGGGAGAAGGCCACAGGACAUAACAGCCCCCUCUUCAAGAGGCAAGGGGAGAGCGGUGCAAUGGCCCAACUGAACGUGGAUGCUGCUGUGCAACUGUGGCUGCAGAAGGGGACCCCUGCCAACAAGCUGAUCCGUGUACCUACCUACGGACGAUCCUUCACUCUGGUCUCAUCGGACACCAGAGUGGGAGCCCCAGCCACAGGGCCUGGUGUGCCCGGACCCUUCACAAAGGAAGGAAGGAUACCGGCUUACUAUGAGGUCUGCUCCUGGAAGAUGGGGCACAGAAUCAAGGACCAGAAGGUGCCUUAUGUCUUCCAGGACAAUCAGUGAGUGGGUUUUGAUGAUGUGGAGAGCUUCAAAACCAAGGGCCACUACCUGAAGCAGAAGGGACUUGGUGGGGCCAUGGUCUGGGCCUUGGACUUGGAUGACUUCAAUGGCUCCUUCUGCAACCAGGGCCACUAUCCCCUCAUCCAGGCAUUGCGGCAGGAGCUGAGCCUUCCAUCUGAGCCUCCAGGACUCCCAGAGCCGGAAGUGCCUACUCCAGGCCAGCCCUCUGAACCUGAGCAGAGCCCCAGUCCUCGACAGGAUGCCUUCUGCUAGGGCAAAGCUGAUGGGAUCAUCUACUCCAACCCUCGGGAACAGUCCAGCUACUUCAGCUGUGCAGGAGGGGGUCAGCUAUUCCAGCAGAGCUGUCCCCCAGGCCUGGUGUUCAGUGUCUCCUGCAAGUGCUGCACCUGGAGCUGA